UAUUUGCUGGUUAAACUAUAUUUGUAGGUUAAAGAAAAAAACAGGUGACGGUGAGCAUGUCUCCAUAACCAGUACAAAUACUUUUUUUUUUUUUUAAAAAAAAGAAAAACAUACAACAUACACAUGAAUAUGAAUCUAUGUUAAAUUCCAUACAAUGGAUUUUAGUUAAGGUUCUCCUAUUCUGGUUGUCGACUGUGUCUCAACUCUCCACCUUUGAUUAUAGUUUUACAGAUCCACCUACCCAAUUCAUUUCCAUUUGCGUAAAGGAAGAAUGGAGGACCCUGUUUUCACUCCCGCUUUGGAAGGAAUCAAGCAUGUCAAGUCUGAAAAUGGUGAAAUGCUCACCAAGCAUUUUUUGCAAGUCUGCAAGCAUAUUUUGCCAGUUAUCGAUAAGUUUGGAGCAGCCAUGACCCUUGUUAAGUCUGACAUUGGUGGUAACAUAGCGAGAUUGGAAUCUAAAUAUCUUUCCAGUCCAGAAAAAUUCAACCUCUUGUACAGCAUGGUACAGAUUGAGGUUGAAGCUAAAACAGCGAAAGGAUCAUCCAGUUGUACCAAUGGUCUUCUUUGGUUGACAAGGGCAAUGGAUUUCUUGGUGGAAUUGUUUCGCAACUUACUUGACCAUCCAGAUUGGUCCAUGUCACAGGCUUGUACAGAUUCCUAUGGCAAGACUCUGAAGAAAUUUCAUGGAUGGCUUGCUAGUUCAAGUUUCACUGUGGCUAUGAAACUUGCUCCUGAUAGAAAGAAGUUUAUGGAUGUGAUUGGAGGUUCUGGUGAUGCCAUGGCAGACAUAGAGAAAUUCUGCACAACAUUUUCCCCUCUUCUCGAAGAGAAUCACAAGUUCUUGGCUAGUGUGGGCAUGGAUGAACUGAAGGCAUCAUGAAGAAAAGAGAAGCAUCGUAUCUAUUUAACUUUGUUGCCAAUGGUGCCUGGGAUCUUAUCCUCGCCCUAACCUUUUUACGUAUCUAAUAAUUCAUCAGACUUGUGUUUUUUUUUUCGCAACGAUCAGUGACUUAUGUCGUGUUGAGGCUUUUUUUUAAAAAUAAAAUUAAUGUCUUAUUAUACCUAAACUCAAUAAAUUUUUACAAGAAUAUAUGUAUUUUUAUUGAAAACUUGCCCUUUA